AUGGAGACUGUGAAAGAGCAUCGAUCGAAUGAUCAUGACUUAAAGGACGAAAAAGUCAACUAUGACAUUGAAACUUCCGAAGUCUUUGAGAGCAAAGAGAAUCCAGAACUCCAACAAAUCGAUAUAGAAACCGGUGUUAGAAUAGAGGAAAUCGACCCUAAUGAGAACUCCAUCUACCCAGAAGUCAGAGCUGCCAUUCCUAAUACAGAUGACCCAUCUAUUCCACACAAUACUAUCAGAGCAUGGUUUAUAGGGCUUUUAAUGUGUACACUUGGUGCUGGUCUUAACAUGUUCUUUUCUUUGCGUGCACCAUCUUUUUCUAUCUCUGUGUUUGUCACUACCAUUAUUGCUUGGCCAAUCGGUGCUGCUUGGCACAAGUGCUUGCCAGAAAUCAAUAUUUUUGGUGUGCCAUUGAACCCAGGUCCAUUCAACUUGAAAGAACAUUCUUUGAUUACCAUCAUGGCCAAUGUUUCUUUUGGUGUUGCCUACUGUACCGAUAUCUUGUUGGCUAUGAACAACUAUUACAAAAAGGAUUUCGGUUGGGGUUUCAAUAUUUUGGCUUUAUUGUCUACUCAGUGUAUCGGUUUGUCUCUUGGUGGUUUAGCAAGAAAAGUGUUGGUUUCUCCACCUUCUAUGGUUUGGCCAUCAAACUUGAUCACUGCCACUUUCUUGACUAACAUUCACAUCAACGAUAAUCAGCCUGCAAACGGAUGGACAGUUUCAAGAUUAAAGUUCUUUGCUUUUGCAUUCAUCGCAAGUUUCUGUUGGUACUUUAUCCCAGGCUAUUUGUUCCAAGCUUUAUCAUCAUUUGCGUUUAUGACUUGGAUUUUCCCCCAAAAUGCUGUUGUCAAUCAAUUAUUUGGAGCCACCACUGGUCUCGGGAUGAUUCCUGUCACUUUUGACUGGUACCAAAUUGCUGGUUAUCUUGGAUCUCCAUUGAUUCCACCAGCAAGUGCUAUUUUCACCAUUUUGUUAUCAAUGAUCACCAUCUUCUGGAUCGUUUGUCCGGCCUUGCAUUACUCAAAUGUGUGGCACUCCAAGUAUUUGCCAAUGUCCGACUCAAACACCUACGAUAGAUUCCAGCAAGUUUAUAACGUCAGCAGAAUUGUUGAUGAAAAGUUGAGUUUCAACGAAGCCGAAUACAACAAAUACUCUCCAAUUUAUUUGUCCACUACCUUUUCUAUCUCUUAUGGUUUAUCAUUUGCUGCUAUUACUGCCACCAUCGUCCAUACACUCCUCUUUCACUCUAAGGAUAUCAUGAAACAACUAAAGAGUAAAGAAAAGGAAGAUGUCCACAACAGAUUGAUGAGAGCUUAUAAAGAAUGUCCAGAUUGGUGGUACGCAGUGGUUUUUGUGAUUUUCUUGGCUUUUGCUAUUGUGGCUAUGAGAUGUUGGGAUACUGAAAUGCCUAUUUGGUCAGUGUUUGUUGCCCUCGCAAUUUCCUUCCUCUUCUUGUUCCCAGUUGGGAUUAUUGCUGCCAUCACUAAUAUUAGCAUUGGUUUGAAUGUUUUGACGGAAUUCAUCAUUGGUUACAUGGUUCCAGGUAAGCCAAUUUGUAUGAUGUUUUUCAAGACUUUUGGUUAUAUCACCAAUGCCCAAGCGGUUACAUUUGCUCUGGACAUGAAGCUCGGAUACUACAUGAAAAUUUCUCCUAGAGUUAUGUUUGCUGCACAAUUUGCGGCCACUAUUUGGGGUUCUUUUGUACAACUUUUUGUCAUGAAAUGGGCCCAAGGUAACAUCAAAGGGGUUUGUACAGAACACCAAGAAAACAAAUUCUCUUGUCCUAACGCCAACGUUUUCUACUCUGCGUCGAUUUUAUGGGGUGUUAUUGGUCCUCAAAAACUUUUCUCCCAAGGUCAAUUGUAUUACGGUUUGAUGUUUUUCUUCAUCAUUGGUAUGAUUUUGCCAUUUGUUAACUGGUUGAUUCUCAGAAAAUGGCCAAACUCUCCUGUCAAAUGGCUCAAUUGGCCUGUGUUCUUCUCAGGUACCGGUUACAUUCCACCAGCUUCUCCAUAUAAUUACGGAACUUGGUGUAUGGUUGGUUUGAUUUUCAACUGGUUCAUCAAGAAGAAGUGGUUCGCCUGGUGGUCCAAGUAUAACUACUCCUUGUCUGCUGGUUUAGACAUUGGUUUAGCUUGGUCCUCAUUGUUAAUCUUCUUCUGUUUGACUUUUACCCAGGUGGCCGCUCCGAAAUGGUGGGGUAAUACGGUGAUUGAAAAUACCAUGGACGCCACCGAUACUGCUUUCAACAUUGUUUUGAAAGAUGGAGAAUUCUUUGGUCCAUCUUCUUGGUAA